AGUUAGUCACCGCUCCGCUUCCGCUCCAACAUGGCGACUUGCAUGUAAGGACGUAAAGGAGCAGACGACAGUGAAGUUUUAUUGAGUUUCCUCAUUAUUUUUGUUAUAAAGUUACAUUAGAUCAUUUGGAUUGAGUGUUUUUGAUAGUAACAUAAGCAAUGGCGAUGCAGAGUGGAAAUUUGAUUCAAGAGAAGGUGGCGAAACUCUUGAGCAGACAGCAUGGCAGACCCGUGCUGAGACCCAUCAAACCUCUGGCACUGAAGAAUGAGGUCGCCAACCGCAGAUUGAGGAAAGGAGAGGCCACAUGUGUUACGGAGAUGUCAUUACUGAUGGCUUGUUGGAAACAGAACGACUUUAACAACACAGUCUGCUCUAAAGAAGUUUCAACUUUCUACACAUGUGUAGAAAAGACCCAGAUGCAGAACAAGGCUGCUGGAAAGCAGGGAGGUCAGGGUCGACUUUCACCAAAGGAAGCAACCAUCUUAUUGAAACGACAUCCUAACCUGGGCAGUGAAAUCUAGCUCAGGCAAGGAAUGGACACCUUUAUUAUAUGUGCUAUAUAGAUGGGGACUUUGUGCAGAGUGCAGGGCUGGGAUUAACUGGCCCAGCCGACUGAUGAGAUCAGGGGGUGUCAAAGAAUAAAAACUGUGUCACUCAAGAGACUCAAACUCUGGCCAAAAUAAUCUGUCACAACAACAGUUCACAAAGCAAAUGAGCUGCAUUCACAAGGUUGUGAAGGCUCUUCGGCUGAUUGCUUAAUUUUACUGUCACCCAUAUGCCCCAUCCCAUUAAAGAAAGAAUUGCUUUUCAACUCAAGUUGAUAGCACCACACACAAUACUUUUGAGAGCUUGUAAUUUAUGCCGUCGCUUGUGGAAAUCCUUUUAUUAUUGUCUGCCUGUACCGACAUCACUUCCUGAGAUUAAUUUAUAUCGGCGACCUUUUCUGUUUCUCUCAUGUGUAACAGGCUUUGGCCAUUUUUCAUUAUCAGAAAAUAGAGAACAUAACAAAACUGCUCAGUUGUGGAUAAUGUUACAUGCCAGGACUAAGUGCAUCAGAUGUGGCCAUCAAACCUUUGCAAUAAAGAUUGGAAUAUCUUUUUUAUUUAAUUA